AACCGAGACCUAGAUUCUCUCUCAAACUUCAUCUUCUUCUUAUUCUUCUUCUUAUUCUCUCUCUCUUUGAUUUUCCAUUUGAUCUGCAAAACCCAAGUUUAGAUUUUCCCAACAAUUACCCAUUUGGUAGAAAGAUGCACGAUUUCUGUUUCACGAUCCUUCCAAAAUGACGAUGUUUAGAAAUGGCUGUGAACUGCAGGUCCAGGCUCGAGCCACGGCUGGACGCGUUCUACUUCGGGAACGCAAUACAGAGCAUUCUGACUAUUGCUCCGGCAAGGGAGCUUCUGUCUCGGGAUUUGAGCUGGGGAGUAGAUCUGCUCCACAAAGCUAAUAAGUUUGACAGCAAGAUCUCAGCCUUUCCUGGGAGGGAAGGAAACGAAGCCGUCGAUCUGGAGGUUGUCUUAGCGCCGGAGACGAUGACCGAACUGGAGAACGAUGUUGAGUUUAUGCAAUACUUCUCAGGAAAGGAAGCAUGGUAUCACUUGUUGGUGGUGGGGGAGCAAGAUUGGUGCUCAUUCUUGCUGGGUAUUUGAGUCUCAAGGCUUUUGAGAAGAGAAAGAACUCGUAUUUCGCUCUGGUUCUUGAGACUGGUAAAAUUCUUCCACUGUGUUUGAAGAUCUUGCUCUAUUUUUGUGUUUCCUUUUUUGGGUUUAUGAAUUUGAGGAGAUAAGCUUAAUCCAGAGCUCUACUUUUAGUGAUCGGAUUUGGAUUCUUUUUGUUUGGAAUUUGAAGUUGGAGAUUCAUCAAAUUUUGUAGUUUCUGGUAUUAACUUUGUUAGUAGUUUAUCAGAUCGUCGGGUGCUUUCUUUUUUUUU